GGGCUGUAGCUCGCUGUGUUGUUCUUCUCGAAAAGGAGGACGGUCGUGUUUGAGUUCCGUCCCUUCGAAUUUACAAAAAUACGCGAAGCUUGGUUUUUCCGUAUGAGUCCGCUGUUCAGUGUCGGUACCCGCGCCGUUUAGAAUGGGAAGCCGGCGGCAUCGAAAACGGCCGAAGAGGAGAAACGAACGACAGCGAGGACAAAACUCGGCGCAGGUCCUGAGAAGAGGAAGGGAGUUCGCCGGAUUAGGCAAAGUGCAGUUUGCCGGAGAGCUCGGCUCUUACAUAAAACACUGAGAGGACGGUCUCCAAACUCGCCCGGAGCACUUUUCACACAGCGAGAGAGCCCGAGUUCGCACGGAGACCGAGCCGAAGUUUAUAACCGUUUAAACAGGUCGUCUGUCGCCUCGUGUGGAAUCCGUCCGUGUGUAUGCAUAACAAACGGUGACCGUUAACGUUAGCUUAGCGGAGAGAGAGAGAGAGAGCUUUCGCCUGUUUAUUCAAAACGUGAACCGAGCGGUUCAGAACCUCUUGUCGUCUGUUUCGAUGGGUUUUUCAUUCCAGUCAUACUUUUAACCGCUCUUAUUUUUUCCUUUAAGUCGCCUAGAUGUGGUACACUGGAGCGGUCGGGGCCUACGACUCCGGGGACACGUUCAGCCCGCUGGUGGACGGUCAGAGAUCUGCCCACACGUACGGGCUCGUGGCUCCGCCGUGUGUCUAGUAAAGAUGUUGGAUUUAUCACUAAGGUCCGUUUAAAUUCGGCUCCGAUGGGUCAACCGCAGCUGCGAGGUUAGGUUAGCGCUGGGCUUAGGGAGCCUGCCUGUUUCCGCAGCUUCCCAAACCAAAGACCUAGAAACUUUUUAGACUUUUUUCAAUUUGUUAGGACUUAAAUCUAAUUUGGGCACAAACAUGGAUGCCGGCCUCCAGCAGAGCCAUGCAGAGCAUUUCGUUCAGCAGCAAGAGCUGUCCGCUCCGGGCAUUUGCCCUGAAAUGCUGGAAGUGGCCGAAGAGGCUUGCCGGGCGGGCGAUUUUGACCUGGCCGUGGAGAUCUACUCGUCGCAGCUGGCCGAGCUCCGGCAGCCUGACCGAGGCUUGUGCCUUCGGAAGGCGGAAGCUCUAACCAGAAGUGGCCGCAUCUCCGAGGCGCUCGACUCGUACCGAGCCGCGGCGCAAGUUCGCCGACUACGGCCCGACGAGCUCCGUCUGCUGGUAGAGAGCAUCGCCAGGGCCGUCCGCGUCAAGGAGCUCGGCGAAGCCUGGAAGCCGAGCGGCAGCGCCGAUGACUCGGACGAAGAGGAGCAGCAACAGCCGCUAGACCUCUUCUCCUGCCGGCUCUGUAGGUGCUUACUAACCGACCCCACGACCUUGGAGUGCGGCCACACGUUCUGCAAGCGCUGUUUGGAAGACCCCGCGGUGAAGGACUGCAAGAGCUGCCGCUCUAAAACGACAAAAAUGAACGCCAACAGCCUCAGGGCUAAUGUGGUUCUUAGCAGCUUGUUAGAAAAGUGGUUCGGAUCCGAGAGCAAGUCGAGGAGGUGCUGGAUCGAAGGGGAAAGACUUUGGAAAAAACAAGAGCUGUCCAGCGCCCUAGAAAAGUACAACAAGGCGGUGGAACUGGCACCCUCUAUGUAUAAGCUGCUAGCACAGAGAGCUGAGCUGCAUAUGGACAUGAAGAACUUCAGCCAUGCGAUCCAGGAUGGGGACAGCAUGUGCCGUCUCUGGCCAAUCUCGGCAAAGGCCCACCACAUUAAGGCCAAGGCCUUUUGCCGUGCUGGUCGUAAGGAAGAGGCUUUGCAAGAGUACUUCUUUUGUGUAGCACUAAAACCAGAUUGGACGUCUGUCAAAAUGGAAGCACAGAAGGUCUUAUGUGAGAUGUUUUCUUCUGUUUUUGAGGAUGACAGUCUGGACACACCUUUACAUCCUCUUCAGGCCACAGGCCCUGUACCUCGCAUCAAACCUUUAUCUCUUCUUAGCUCACUUCACUCUUCUCUGCCAAGAGAUGGAGCAAGAGCUGGCUGCUCAAAGGACCUUGCACUCAGUAGCAGUAAAGCAUGUGACGGCGGGGGUUCCUCAUCCUUAAACCAGCCUGAGCACAGCUUGGAUGACUCCAAGAGCCUGGCAGCUGUCCUCUCCUCACUGCCGGUACCUGCAGGUCUUAAGAGGAAGAGUCCUGGUGAUGCCAAUGCCUUUGGGCCCCCUAGCAAAGUUCUCAAACAAGAUCCAGCUUGUUCAUCUCAUACGCCUCCUGCUUUAAAUGGCUCAAGGGAGGUACCAACGCAGCUGUUGGACAGUUCAGACAUGGAGUGUUCUUUGUGUAUGAGGUUGUUUUAUGAGCCUGUCACCACCCCCUGUGGGCACACCUUCUGUCUCAAGUGUCUGGAGCGCUGCCUGGACCACAACCCCAACUGCCCAUUGUGCAAGGAGAACCUUUCUGAAUAUCUGUCCACUAGAGGGUACAAUAAGACUUUUCUAAUGGAGGAGUUGCUUCAGCGCUAUUUGAGUGAGGAGUUGGAAGAGCGACGGAAAAUAUAUGAAGAAGAAAUGAAGGAACUGUCAAACUUGAAUGUGGAAGUGCCUAUCUUUGUCUGCACAAUGGCAUUUCCCACAAUCCCCUGCCCGCUACAUGUCUUUGAGCCUCGCUAUAGGCUGAUGAUUCGCAGGGCUAUGGAAACAGGAACUAAACAGUUUGGCAUGUGCAUUUCUGAUGAACUGAAAGGAUUUGCUGACUAUGGCUGCAUGCUGGAGGUGAGGGAUGUAAAGUUCUUCCCAGAUGGCCGCUCUGUGGUGGACACCAUCGGCGUGGCUCGCUUCAAAGUGCUCACUCAUGGCCAGAGAGACGGCUACAACACUGCAAAGAUUGAAUAUUUGGAGGACAAGAAGGUUGAAGGGGAGGAGCUGACAGAGCUGUUAAAGCUGCAUGACUCUGUGUAUGAUCAGGCCACAGCCUGGUUCACCUCUCUCAAAGACAACAUGAAGAACCAGAUCCUCAGCCACUUUGGCCAUCUGCCUGCCAAAGACCCUGACCUACAGGGAAACCCCAGUGGGUCUGCUUGGUGUUGGUGGCUGUUGGCCGUGUUGCCGCUCGAAAGUAGAGCUCAGCUUACUAUCCUGGCUAUGACCUCGUUGAAAGAGCGGCUCGUUGCCAUCCGCCGGGUCCUCAUCUUCGUCACCCGCAAGCGCCCUCGAUGACCACAGCCUUCCUCAUAGCCACUGCCACAAUCACAGUCAUCAUCAUCAUCAUUAUUGUGUUGCCCAGCAGCACAAGCAACAGGUAGCAGGCCACUGAAGCGGCUUCUGUCGACUGUGGCUGUCCCAUGCUCAGCCAUUUGUCUUUCACAGUAGGAGUCUCAUCAGUCGCCUAGUUUUGGAAGUGAGUUUCACAACAGUGUGCUGCUCCAGAAGUAAAGACUCUCCAGUAUGUGCUCUGCCACUGCAAAAAGGCAAGAGCGACUACAGUAGCUUCAGACAUUUAGUCUGCUGAGCCAGGCACUACAACAGCUGAAACGAACACUGUACAGAUUUCACCUCUGCUUUUGUGCCUCUUUUGGUGUGUACGGCUGAACAAACGCUUCUCAUGGGCCUUUAGACAACUUUACUGGCUUAACAUCUUGUGUUUUUAAAAUCUGCGUGCUUCAAACAUUUUUGUACCACCCUGAAAAAAAGAGCACAUUUUGCACCUUUCAGGUCUGAAAUCAUGUAACACAUUGUUAGAAAACAGUUUUGUGUAAUCCAUUAGUAAAAAUGUAGUUAUCCAUGUCACAGUGCAGUUUAAUCGAGAUUGAAUUGGCAUAAUAAGAAACACAAAUCAUUGGCUUGUUGGUGAGCACGUGACACAUAUAGUGCGAGAUGUUUUGGGAAAGAUUUGCCUUCCAUUUUUGUAUUGAAAUAUCUUAUUAAAGCCUGGUACGAUGUCAUUUUGGUAAAAUGGAAAUUCUAUAUUCUAUGAAAAGGAAAACAAAAAAAUGGCGUAACUUCACACUUUAUUUACACUGAUUUAAAGUUUUACAUUGCUUUCAUUUAUUUAUGCAAUAUUAGUGGCUGAUAUUGAAAUUAUACUAGUCUUAUAUGGGAAUAAACUAGACUGUAAAACUGCAAUUUGAAUGUGUAAAUUUAGGGAAUAGGCUUAUUGACAUGACUUCUGCGGUCAUUUCUUAUCAUGUACCAUCUCUGGAAGACUUAGACAGUUGUUAUGCAUGUAUUGGUGUGAUGUAGGUGGCCAAAAAAAGCUGACAAGACCCACUUUACCAUCGUCUGACAAAUAAAAUGAUGUAUAAAGAUAUACUAUAUGUUGGAAUUGUUCUAGUCACUAAUUCCCCUGUGUAUUGUAUGGUGUAGUAUAUGUGUAUGGUGCACCUUUUUAUGGAUGGUUUGCCUGUUUGUCCAUGUUGAUUCAUCCAUGUACAGACAAAUCGGAGGCCUUUAACUCAUGUUCUUUGUUUUUCAGCCGCGGUAGUGUUUCUUUUUUUUCUGUGCUGUGCAAAACUCCCUUUGCAUAUGUCUUUUUCAUGCACCAUGUCCUGUUGGUAACUACACAGAUGCUGCAUUUUUCCAUGUAAAUUUGUACAUUUAAGAUGAAAAUAAACUUAUUUUAUAUUUUAAAUCGAA